GUUAAUCUUUCACCAUAAAUAAGAAAUAAGGUUCCAAUUCAAAAAUGACCGACAUUAAAGAGUUUGAAAACCACCAAGAAGAUGAUUUGAGUUCAGAAGAGGAAUGGUCGGAAUCAAGUUCCUAUUAUUCAGAUUCUGAUAGUAGUUCAAUUCCUGAUUGGGAUUCUUCAGUCGAUGAAAAGACAGGAGAGGUUUUAUAUAUAGAAUGCCACCCUUUCGUUACGCAAAACAUAAAAGAUGACUCCGCUAACCAGAAUAAUACUUUCGUGAGAAACAAAUCGAGACGUAGUACACGAGGAAAAUUUCUGAGAUUAUUGAGGAGACGUGAAAGUAAAAGAUACAGCAAACGGAAUACUAGAGUGCAAGAACAAGAGUCUCAUACGUCAAACAAAGUGAAAUUUCAAGACUUUCAACAAGGGGAGGAAAGAGAAGUACUGCUGACAGUGCGUAAUGAACGGAAUAUCAUAUCAACUGAAGCUCUCUUCGGAAUAAAUGUCAGUACCUUAUCGGAUGGUUUAAGAUUGAUGGUUGCCGGAUUUUCCAACGAUAGUAGUGCAAAAUAUGAUAAGAAUAUAAAAAUUGGGGAUUGGCUGAAAAGUGUGAAUGGUAUUGAAGUAGAUUGUCAUAACAUUGUUUCAGUAUUACAGCAGAUUUCAGGUCAAAAAGAAGUUUUGAUUAAGUUACAAAGAGUGGCAGGGGUUGAAAUUACCAAAGACCCUCCAAUAAAUGUGCUGAACAAUCAAUCUCCAUUCGUAAGGCAACUCAUUUCAUUCAGUGCAGAGGAAAAUGAGAAAAUUCAAGAAAUAUUAUGUGGAUUUCCAGUUGGAUUGAUUUAUUUGGAUACACAGAGUUUAGAUGAAUCAGCGCCAGAGUAUCAGAAUGUGAUAUAUUGCUAUCCACGACCUCUGCAAAAAAGCAUUCUGUGUUGCUCCAAGGGCAUAUUCAUAACCUUAAAUCAUUUACUGAAGGAUAUCACGAAGGCUAAUACUAAGAUAACCUCAUUUACAUACAAUAAGAUGUUAUGUUACACUAGUUAUUUUCAUCUUGACCAACAUCUGUUACUGUUGAUGUUACCCGAGACCUGUGCCAAACUGAACGAAAUCGAAUUGAUCACAUCAGAAAUCGUCAGAAUGUUUACAUUCACAUACGACACUCUAGAUAAUUGUUUCAACGAUGAUAAUCUCCAUCACGUGGAUCAUAUCCUUUCCAUGUUUUUCGUUAGAAUGCUAAACGGUGGAAUAUGGCCUGGGGAACUUAAAGUACCGGAAAAUCACGAGAAUAUCCCAGAGAACGAUUAUGUCUUCGAGGAUAUUCUGCCAGCCGUUCAUAGCGUCGAUUUACCGAACGAGGCGAUGGUUCAGGUGGAAGAUGCCUUGACGGAAUUGGAGUCUUGCGAUUAUAGGGAAUGGAACGAGGAGCCUUUGGAUUGUCAAAGAAUCUUUACUGUACUCGGUAGUGCAUGGUAUCAUGCCGGUUAUUUAAUGGCUUCCCAUUUUAUACAUGAGGACCUUGUUGAUAUCCAUUCCUUUUGUAAGCACCAAGGUAUACUCCAUCUGUCUAAGACCGAACCAGUUAAGACGCUUAUAUUGUGGAGGGAAGUCUUUCCGAGUUCUUGUAGAGACCUAGACGAUCCACUGUUCAAUAUACCGCAAGCAAGGAGGCAUUUACUAAUCGUGGGUACCAAGAAUGACAUAUUGGUUGUCAUCAUGGAAGCUGGAGGUUGCACAGAAGCUCCAGAAGAAAACGCGGCGCCCGAACCAUUUUAUGUGGAAGAGGUUCAAGCCACGCUGUCCCAUAUUCAAGAAUUAGGGAUACCGGAAUUGGCUGACCGUUUCUUGAACAUGAACCCGGGACCCCAAGUCACCCUACCGAUGGCCCCAAGUAAUAAGAAAAAGCUCGACGUCCUCAACUUUGUGAAACCGCAACCCUCACAUUCGAGGGACUCGUACUUGACCAGUAAAAAGCAAGAAGUGACUUCGAUAUUGAAGAAAAGGGGAAACGAUCAAUCUCAAGUGUACACUGCUCAUUCUCUGCUGGAGGAUACUUACGACGUUUGUUCGGAAGAUAGCGGCAGUCAAGGUUGCGGCAGCGAAUUCAGCGACGAUCAGAGAGCGCAAAGACGACAUAGAUACGAUUCGAACAGCGAAGAAUCGGACAGUGAAGAAAAUGCAGACGGCAGCCAGAUGAGUUCUAACAGUUUCGACGUGGCUGAAAUGAAACAGAUGCUCCUGGCCGAAACUGAGGGUAUACAGCCGAUUCAAAUUACGGCCGGUCCCGUAAACGUUCUGUACCAUUUCGUGCAGUUCGACAAACUUGAAGGAAUACUCAUCAGCCCCCCUGAGUGUGCUGUGGAAUCGCCAACUAGAAAUGUCGUUAUUUCUAACUUCAGAAGGUGCUGUCAGGCCAUGCAUAACCUCUUCCAGAACACCAUCAGAUUCAAGAAUAUGCCGAAUCAAGAAAUGACCAAAACGGCAAUGAAUAAGAGUUUGAUUGCGGUCAAAGAACAGGGAGCCAUGUUCGAAUGCCCCGCUCUUGACGAUAGAGAGUCGAAAAAAAUUAAGAUAUGUUAUUGGAUUGUCGGGAGGUUAUUUUUCACUCCGCAUGUGAGGGAAAUGUACGUCUGCUACAACGAUUUGGUUCCCCAAAACAUGAUCGAAUUGGCUUUUAAGCUCAACCUGGGUUUCGGAGAGUAACGUUCACCAUGAAUACGAUAAUCUGUAGUCCUAAAGCCUGCGAACCACUCGUCUUAACCAAAAUGUGCAAUGAUAUGAAUGAGUAAUGAUAUAGCAUAUUUUUGUAAGAACUAUAUAGUUAAAAUUAUAUUUUUUCAAUUAA